AUGGAGCUAAAGCAAAAUCUGAUAGAGUACCCGGCGAUCGCCUGGGCUGAUGUACACAACAGAUAUCAAUCGAAGAUCAGGGUCGAAGAUGAUAAGAUUCUGAGGACCGGCCGGUACCAACUUUACCCGCUCGAUCGAAGGGGAAAUAGGCGCAACGACGAAUCGGGCAAGACUAAUAGAAGAAAUGAUCGAAGGAACGAUCGAGGCCAAAGUAGUCGGAGACUGAUAAACAGAAAUGUUGCCGAUAGAACCUCAGGAAACAAAGAAACUCCAAGGUUAUCCGAGUAUAAUUUCUGCGUAGAUGUAGCGACCAUAGCGGCGGCCGUUAUCCGUAACAGAGAAACAAGGCAUCCAAGACCAAUCCAGUCUGAUCCAGAGAAGCGGGAUAAAAGUCUUAUUUGCAAAUACCAUCACACUCACGGCCAUCGAAUCGAAGAUUGUCUGCAGCUGAGAGAGGAGGUUGCCCGUCUAUUCAAUUUGGGACACCUUCGAGAAUUCCUAAGUGAACGAGCAAAAACGCAUUUCAAGAACGUGGACUCUAACAAGCAGGAUAGGCCGGACGAGCCUCAGCAGGUGAUACACAUGAUCAUGGGAGGAACAGACGCUCCCAUUGGGCCGGUCGUAAAAUGCACCAAGAUUUUCAUAACAAGGGAAAAGUGCAUUCGGAAUGACUACCCCGAUGGUCCUAUCUCGUUUGGCAACGAGGAAAUGGAAGGCAUCGCCCAGCCUCAUAACGACGCACUAGUAAUAUCUGUCUUUGCCAAUAAAUUUAGAAUCAAACGUGUGCUAAUUGAUCCAAGUAGCUCGGCUAAUAUCAUUCGAUGGAGAGUCAUCGAGCAGCUGGGACUACUAGAUCAGAUCGUACUAGCAAUACAAGUCCUCAACGGAUUCAACAUGGUAUGCGAGACGACGAAGGGUGAGAUCACUUUACCGAUCAACAUGGAAGGAACUACGCAACAGACAAAAUUUUAUGUGACAGAGGGAGACAUGGGAUACAAUGCAUUACUGGAAAGACCGUGGAUUCACCUCGUGAGAGCGGUCCCCUCAACUAUGCAUCAGGUAUUGAAAUUUCCGACCCCAAAAGGUAUCAAAACCGUCCGUGGUAAACAACAGGCCGCAAAGGAAAUGUUCGCGGUUGAAGAAUCUGUUAAGAUUAUAAAGGUGCCGAAUCGGAACGAAGGGAAGAAUGCCAAAUAA